UCCGAAGGCAAGAAGGGACUCACCCAGUGAGAGAAUUUUAUGCAUGAUCAUUCGAGAGUUAGGUUGCUGUAAGAUUUAGACAGUUCCUAAUUUAAAAACGAAUCCCCAAGACAAACAAUCCAUCAGAAGAUGGUUAUGAGAUGAUAUUUUAAUCAAGUUAUUAAAUGAUCUUCCCACCUCUCACCUUUUAAACUUGUAUGAAGCCAGGAAGGAUCUGGCUACUAUACGUGUGCACAUCCAGUCAGGCAGUUGUCAGUUUUACAAUGGAGUCUCUGAUUGAAGCAAAUACCAAAUUUUCCUUGGAUCUUUUCCGAGAGAUAAUCAAAGAUGAGAGUCAAAAAAAUAUCUUUUACUGUCCUCUGAGCCUCUCAGCCGCCCUGGGCAUGGUCCGCCUGGGGGCUAGAAAUGACAGUGCUCGUCAGAUUGAUGAGGUACUACACUUCAAUGAACUUUCCCAGAGUGAAAGCAAAGAACCUGACCCCUGUUUGAAAAGCAAAAAAGCCGCAGAGGUUGACAGUUCCCUGGAAGGGCAGAAAGAAACCACGGAGCCUCUGGAUGUGCAGGCCAAGUCCUCCAGUGAUAAGAACGAGCUGCUCAGCUGCUACUUCGGAAAUCUUCUCUCCAAGUUAGGCAGGGUCAAGGUUCACUACACCAUGAGCAUGGCCAACAGGCUCUAUGGAGAGCAGGAAUACCCCAUCUGCCCGGAGUACUUAGAUGGUGUGAUUCAAUUUUACCACACGACGAUUGAAAGUGUUGAUUUCCGGAAAGACACUGAACAGUCCAGACAAAAGAUCAACUUCUGGGUUGAAUCUCAAUGCCAAGGUAAAAUCAAGGAACUCUUCAGCAAGGACACCAUCAAUGACAAGACUGUGCUGGUGUUGGUGAAUGCCGUGUACUUCAAGGCCAAAUGGGAACAACGUUUUGACUGUGACAACACAGUUGAUGAACCUUUCUUUCUGAAUGAGAAUGAAGAGAAGACGGUAAAGAUGAUGAAGCAGAAGGGCACCUUUAGAAUCGGCUUCAUAGAGGAGCUGCAGGCACAGAUCCUGGAGAUGAAGUACACCACGGGGAAGGUCAGCAUGUUCGUCCUGCUGCCACCUUGCUCUGCAGACAACAUGAAGGGUCUGAAAGAGCUUGAAAGGGAAAUAAGUUAUGAAAAACUCAGGGCCUGGACUAGCUCAGAAAACAUGUCAGAAGCAAAAGUAGCCAUCUCCUUCCCCCAGUUCACCCUGGAAGACAGCUACGACCUCAACUCCAUUCUGCAAGACAUGGGUAUCACGGAUAUCUUUGAUGAGACGAAGGCUGACCUCUCGGGAAUCUCUCCCAGCACCAAUCUGUACUUGUCCAAGAUUGUGCACAAGACCUUCGUGGAGGUGGAUGAAAAUGGCACCCAGGCUGCGGCAGCCAGCGGGGUGGUUGGCAUGGAAAAGUCACUGCCGUCCUGGGUGGAGUUCAACGCCAACAGGCCUUUUCUCUUUUUCAUCAGACACAACAAAACCCAGACCAUUCUUUUUUGUGGCAGGGUCUGCAGUCCUUGAAGGGACCCACUGUCCAGCACUGGGGUGUGGGAGGAAAGUGGCAGUGGUCUUCCUUCCCCUGUGUAAUGAGGGCACCUGUGCAUUUGCUGCUAUCCAGAGCUGACUGCAUCCUGCUCCAGCCCCGAGCUGCCUCCCCCAGCCAUCAGCCGGAGUUUGUCCUGAUCUUUUUCACCCUGAAGCUGAUUUUCAUCUGUCUGUUCCUAAUGAAGGGCCCUUGCUGACUCCCUCUCCCUUUCUACCUGCGACUUUCAAGCAUAUAAAUUCACCCUCUGUGACCUGAUCAAUGUAGUUUCGAAUGGUAUUGAUUUUAUGUAAGAUACCCACCUCCUUAUGAAGGAAUUCUGAAAGCUCAUUGACAGAGUACCUUUCAGAGAUGGAAAACUCAGAAGCCACUUCAACAUGGGGGUAGCAAGAGUAAACGUUUGGAAUGUGUUUGGGAAACUCAGCUCUGUUCUAGGGCAGUUAUGGUCCUGGCCCUUGCUGGGCAAGAGGCCCUGCCUCCUCCUCUUACUUCUUCCACUGCAUGGAAGAUGUCCUGGAAGGUCUUUUCACUUGGGAGAAAAUAGCAUCUGGGGGUGUAUUUAAACCGUAGCUCAAGGAUGUGUGGAUCCCCAGCCAGCACUCACUCUGCAUACAGCGGGAGAAUAUUUGUUUUGUGAUUUUGACACUGACCCAGGAAAGUGAUAAGAGGAUUUUAAAAAGUUUGGUCUCAGUUUUUCUUAUCAAAACUGCUAGAGUAUCAUGAAGCACUUCCCCUGUCUCUUCUUCGUGCCCUUCCUUAGAGAAUUCCCAUCUGUAGUUCAUUGCUGCCAAAUGCCCAAUGUGUUGUAGUGGGCAGCUGGGCUCCCCACUCCCUGCUCUCUGGCAGCAGGGACCUAUUUGCUCUUCCAGAGGGCCUUCUGCCUGGUGAUGCUACUGGUAGGAACAGUCCUGUGCCUGGGCUGAUGCAGGUGGAAUCCUUCCUAGGAUGUCUGCUGGGUUCACACUGAGGUCUAGGUCACUGGAAGUAUGACACCUGAGUGUGCAGACCCCAGACCCCCCCUCCCCACUCUGUUCUCCUGAAGAGCUCUCUGAGUUCAUGAUCUCCCUUAGCGAAAGGCCCUGAAUGACCACUGCCAUGUCCAACUGUAGGGAUUUGUCAGUCUCUUUUGUGAUUUGGAUUGUGGUCCAGCUUUAUUGCCAUGCCUGUGACUCUCCUGCUCCCAUCUGUCUCUGUGCUGGUUAAGGGUGGCUGUGGCAGUUAACUUAGGAGUAGGAAGGUCACCUUUACAUGACCCGAUGCUGGCCUCCUCCCCAUCCCUUGGUGUUGAGGGCCACAACAAGUUGCUUGUCACCUCCUGGUUAUUUGCCCAGCCAGACUGAGGCACCUUGGGACUUCUUUGUGCUCUGAGAGACAAACUCCAUUCUCUCCCUGCAGUCUUCUCUUUGUGGAAACUUUUGAUGGAGUAGAACAAUCUGUCACUCACUGGUGAUGUGGGGAGGUUCGAGGCAUGAAGGAACUUUCUUUUCUCUGCUUUUCUUGAACCAGCAAGAUUGACCUUGCAAUAUGGCAGCCGGAGGCAGAAAGAGCACCAAGUCAGUAGGUUGCUGUGAUUGCUAGAAAACCCACGAGAUGAAAAUCACGAGGAGGACAAACUCCUCUGCUUUUCAGUUCAAGGUCCCCUCCAUCCAGCAAUGUUGACUGAUAAAACAAACAAGGUAAUGAAGAUGACAAAACAAUCGCUUUCUUAUUGCUAUGACUAUUCUGGCAAGAGGACCAUGGGUGGAUAGGCCCCCACAGGCCCACUGAUGCUGUGCAAACAGACCAGAAUCCCUAAAAUCCCAGUAAACAUACUCUGUGUUCUCUUUUAUCUUGACGCAAGUCCUCCUUGUGAUUUCCUACAGUGUUGAAUAAAUAUUCUCCCCUCAAA